GUUUUAGGGAUGGGUACUAUCAUGUCGACCGAACCGGAAAAGCCUGCACUACCAAACCAUCCCUCGGCUAGGGCCUAUCUGGACAAAAAUCUCUUGCACAAUGAGGACCCUAACGCCAUGGUUAGCACUUCUAAAGUUACGGAAACAACUAAGAAAGGACUGGACUUCCCCAAGGUAGAACUUCAUUUGCAUCUCGAUGGAUCAGUUCGUUUCUCGACUUUGCUUGAACUUUCACUGGCCAAAGGAACUCCUCUCAAAGGCGCAAAAACAGUGGAAGAAGUUAAGAAUGCUUUGAUCACACAUGAGCCGGCAAAUUUAGCAAAAGUGUUGGAAGCAUUUGAUUUGCUUCUACCCAUAGUGCGUGGUGACAGCGCUGCCAUAGAAAGAAUAGCUUAUGAAAUGUGCGAAGAUCAAGCAGCAAAUGGUGUGAUCUACUUCGAAGGACGAUAUUCACCACAACUUCUUUGUGCUCCGGGUGGUGAGCUUGAUUCGACUGGUGUAGUGGAAGCCGUCAAAAGAGGCUUCGAUCGUGGUGAAGCUGAUUUUGGCGUAAAGGCACGGUCCAUUGUCUGUUGCAUUCGUGGACUUCAUCAGUAUGCAGAUGAUAUCCUCCGAAUUGCCACCGACUUGAAACAUCUCGGUGUGGUGGCAGUUGAUGUGGCUGGUUCUGCGCACGGAGCCGAUGAACAGUAUGAACCAGAAGUUGUACAUAUGUUUAAGGAAGCUCACGCACGAGGAAUUCAUCGUACAGUUCAUGCCGGAGAAAGUGGAGGCGCUAAGGAAGUGAUCAGGGCGAUCAGUGAUAUGCAUGCAGAAAGAAUUGGACAUGGUUAUCGCAUAAUGAGGGAUUCUGAUUUGUACAAGAAGCAUUUCUUGGAUGACCGAACCAUUCAUCUGGAAGCUUGCCCAUACUCAUCCGUUAUGACAGGUGCCGUGGAACUGGAUUGGAAGAAACAUCCAAUUUCGAGCUGGGCCAAAGACAAAGUGAAUUUCUCCAUUUCUCGAGAUGACCCCACAUGCUUCGACAACACUAUGCUGAGUGAAUUGCAGCUUGCUAGAGAUGAAAUUGGCCUUACCCCUCACCAACUUUGGCAAUGCCAACUGAACGCAGCACGUUCGUGUUUCCUGCCGGACGACGAGAAAGAACCGAUUGUGGCAAGAAUUCUUGCAGCUGAACCUAAAAAUUGAUUGAUCUGUACUUUGUUUUGCAAAUCAUUCCUCUUACUGUUUUACUUUUCACUUUACAUGAAGCCUUACUGCUAUCA